UAAAGGGUAUAAAGUGCUGAACCGUGAGCUGCAGCUCCGUCUCCGUCUCCGUCUCUCGGAGUGUCUGAGCUGCACGCAGAGCUGCUGGCUGUGAGAGAAAGGAAAGUGAAAGGAGGUGCAGUGCAGGAGGAGAGAUGACGCCGCUGCUGCGCUGCUUAACGCUCCUCUGCCUGUGGAGUCUCUGCUCUGCUCGUCCUACAGAGAAUCCCACCUAUAUAAGUGAGUGCCUCUAUGAUGGACAUCGGGUGGUCCUGCUGUCUGACCGGCUUCAGGUUGAUGGUCAAGACAUCUUGGUUUUGGAUAAAGUAAACAACAGAUGGACAGUGUUUGUGGCAGAUGAUCAUCAGGACCCUGCCCUGACCACCCUGGACACAGCGCAGAUCCUGGAGGAAUGUGAGGAGCUAAAGAAAGAGCUCAGUCACCUGGAGAACUCAGCAGGUGUGUCUUGGUCCAGAGUGGCGUUUAUAGCGUUGAUCGUUUUAUUCUUCAUCAGCUUUGUUGUUCUGAGCUUCAAGAUGUCCAGAAGAUACGGAGCGGCUGGGGGCGUUUUAGGCUCCAUCAUCCACUAUCCUGCUCACUUCCUGAAGGACCAGAGUGAGAAAAGAUUCUCUCAUUUACCUUCAACAACCAAACAAACUUACUAAACAAUUAAAGCACAGCAGCUGCCAGGCUGAUAUAAGACUUCUCUGAUAAGGACUUCACACACCAGACAUACAUCUGUGGAUUUUAAACAGGACAACAUUGCUUUUGAUAUCAGCCAAUAAACGUGAGCUUUUAUUUGACUGCAUGCUAACGCGUUCUCCAGGUGAGGUCCCUGACAGUUGUUUUGUGGUUGGACCAUCACGAAGGAAUCGUUUGUUCAUUUUUCUUUGGAAAAAGAAACGUGUGAUCCAGAAACGUUCCUGCCAUCGUUCCUUUCACUUGCUGGAUGGAUCCAAUCAGCCACUGCUGCACUGCGAUGUUGUGCUGUAUCCGGAUGCCGCCACAGGCCUCAUCACGGCUGGGUGGAUGCUUUAUCUCUGGUGCUUCAGACGCCUGCUGGUGGUUUUAACAAGAUUCAUGCUCGCAUAAAAAAACAAUAACCGCCAGUAGGUAAACUGUUUAUAGCCAUUCUUUCUGUUACAAGAAGAUAUUGUACAAUGUGUAAUUAUUCAGUUUUAUAACAAAGAAUAUUGUAAACACUGUGGUUGCUUUUUCUAUAUCUGUUGUACAUAGGUUAUAAAAAUAAAACUGAAAUGAAUUGAAAACUA